AACAAAACAUAUUUAUGUUCAAGAGCAAAAAUGGGUUAGAUGCAUUGCAAUAUGGCUGACUAUAAUUCUGUUUCCCAUGAAGUAGACAGUGUAGAACAGAAACCGGAUGAACAAAGCGUUUCAUUUACACAGGUUGGACUGUCGUCUUCCUUGACCUCCACAGCAUCCGGUCCAUUGCCCAAUUUCAUAUCAUCGGACAGCCAAGUCAAUGUGUGUGCCGUUAGAUCUUCCUCAUCCUGUAGCGAAAAUGUAUGCAGAAUUUGUCAAUUAUCCAACAAGAGUUCAGAUGCUGAUUUGCAAUCCACUGAGUGCGAUUGUCGUGGUAAUUUAUCAAAAGUGCACCAUUCCUGCCUGAAAGAGUGGGUGCGAUAUAAAGGUUCAAAUAAAUGUGAAAUCUGCAAUAGUCAUUUUGCCUGCGUCACGCCGCCUGUCCAUCCCGGUAUCUUCCAACUUGAGGCUUUUCAUCAACUUGCCUGGCAUCUGGAGCGGAAUCGACCCUUUAACAGGCGAAAGAGAGCUAUGCUUGGUACCGCCCUGAUCGUUCUUCUCCUCGUGACCUGUGUGAUGUCACUGCUGACCGUCGGCGCAGACAGAGAAUAUGAGAACGCAGCCGGCGAUCCAUGGAUAUCUAAGAAGAAUCUGAACGAGUCCAAUGUUAUAUUCUCUGUGUGCAUUGCCUUUGCAUUUUUCUGUGCCACUUUAACCGUUGGCCUGUUGUUGAUAUGGUUUGGGGUAGAAUGUUGCUUUACAAUACAUCGUCGAGGAGUUUUGCGUCGAGCAACGGUUCAGUUAUUACACAAUGAAAAUAGAGCAUAAUUAUAAAUUUCUA